AUGGGAGGUGGGAAAGACAAAGAUAACCAUGGUGAGCCAGAGAGCAGUGAUCGAGGAUUUUUCUCUAACAUGGCACAUCAGCUAUCUGGAUACCCUCCGGGUCACCACUCUGGAUACCCUCCACAGUAUCCUCCUCAGGGCUAUCCGCCAGCUCCUGGGGCCUAUCCUCCACAUGGAUACCCUCCACAAGGGUACCCUCCACAAGGUUACCCUCCACAAGGAUAUCCUCCGCAAGGGUACCCUCCGCAAGGGUACCCUCCGCAAGGGUACCCUCCCCAUGGAUAUCCUCCAGCAGGGUACCCUUCCCAUUCUGCUCCGCAUCACGGUAAGCAAAUUACAUGCACAGAAGAAAAAUCUUCUUUGUUACUGGACGGCGUUGCAUUGAUUAUAAUGUAGGGAAGCAUGGUACAAUUUGCUUGAAAAAUAUGGAACCCAUGAGAUAAUUUUUUUUACCUUUGAUUAAAUUCCAAUUUUCUUAUCCUAUUAUGCGACCCCUUAGAUUCUAGUUCGGCCUCCUCUCUCUCUCUCUCUCUCUCUCCCUCCUCCCUCCCUCCCUCUCUAUCUAUCUAUCUAUGUAUCUCUCUCUCUCUCUCUCAGAUUUUGAUGGUAAUCUAUCCACUUCAUAGGCCAUGGGCCUGGCAUGGGAGCAAUGUUAGCAGGAGGAGCCGCCGCCGCUGCAGCUGCAUAUGGGGCUCACCAUCUGACACACGGCGCCUUUCACGGCCAUGGGCAUGGCUUCGGCCACCAUGGCAAGUUCAAGCACGGCAAGUUCAAGCACGGCAAGCACAGAAUGCACGGUAUGUUCGGCAGGCACGGGAAGUUCGGAAAACACGGGAAAUUCGGAAAGCACGGGAUGUUCAAGAAAUGGAAGUGA